GAAAAUGCACUUAAGGAAGCUGCCCAAGGAGACCAUCGCCUGAGGCCCCAUUAUGCAGGCCUUCCCGCAAGGGCCCGCCAGCUCGACAAGGUGAAAGCAGAGUAUGCUCGGCUUAAACACACGCUCACCAUAGUGACCAGAGAACGUGAUUUGGCCGUGAAGGAGAAACACCAGCUCCAAGCCAAGCUGGAGAACCUAGAACAGGUCCUAAAGCACAUGCGAGAGGCCGCAGAACGGCGGCAGCAGCUGGAGUUGGAGCAUGAACAAGCCCUGGCCAUCCUCAACGCCAAGCAGCAGGAAAUUGACCUCCUGCAGAAGGCUCAGGUUGAAGCUAAGAAGGAACAUGAAGGUGCAGUGCAGCUGCUAGAGUGCAAGGUGCGGGAGCUGGAGGAGAAAUGCCGGACGCAGAGUGAGCAGUUCAGCCUGCUGUCCCGGGAUCUGGAACAGUUUCGCCAGCACGCUGGCAAGAUCGACCUGCUGGGCGGCAGCACCGUGGCCUCCCUGGAUGUCCCCUCGUCCCCCAGCAAGUCUUUCCCAAGGUUCAUGAACGGACUGGCUCCCUCCAUCGGAAAAGGUCAGGAGAGCGCCCUUGGAAGCCGCACUGUGAUUGGUGAAUAUAUCCGUCCCCUCCCGCUCCCGGGUGACAAGCCGGAACCUCUGUCCGUCAAGCCUACCUUCCUGUCAAGAUCUGGUGGCCCAAGAUGCAGAUUUGAAUCAGACAUGGAUAAUGAUCGGAAUUCCAACACCGCCAAGCAGAGGUACUCGGGGAAGGUCCACUUGUGUGUUGCCCGCUACAGUUAUAACCCCUUCGAUGGGCCCAAUGAGAACCCAGAGGCUGAGCUGCCCCUCACGGCAGGGAAGUAUCUCUACGUCUAUGGAGACAUGGAUGAGGAUGGCUUCUAUGAAGGGGAGCUUCUGGAUGGGCAGCGGGGCCUAGUGCCCUCCAACUUCGUGGAUUUCAUCCAGGACAAUGAAUCUCGACUGGCCAGCACGCUGGGGAAUGACCAGGAUCAGAACUUCAUCAACCACGCGGGCAUCGGCUCGGAAGGGGAGAACAUUCUAGACCUCCACUCUCCGACGCUCACGGACUCCAGCCUCGCCGACCACGGAGCAGGGACGCUGGACGUGAACAUUGACGACAUCGGAGAAGACAUCGUGCCUUACCCUCGGAAAAUCACCCUCAUCAAACAACUCGCCAAAAGUGUCAUUGUGGGCUGGGAGCCCCCGGCAGUGCCCCCUGGCUGGGGGACUGUGAACAGCUACAACGUGCUGGUGGACGCGGAGACGCGCCUGAGCCUGGCGCUGGGCGGCAGGACCAAGGCCCUGGUGGAGAAGCUGAACAUGGCAGCCUGCACCUACCGCAUCUCCGUGCAGUGUGUCACCAGCCGGGGCAGCUCAGACGAGCUGCGAUGCACGCUGCUGGUGGGCAAGGACGUGGUGGUGGCUCCCUCCCACCUGCGUGUGGACAACAUCACCCAGAUCUCUGCCCAGUUGUCCUGGCUGCCCACCAACAGCAACUACAGCCAUGUCAUCUUCCUCAACGAGCAGGAGUUGGAUGUCGUCAGGGCCGCCAGGUACAAGUACCAGUUCUGCAACCUCAGGCCCAACAUGGCUUACAAGGUGAAGGUCCUGGCCAAGCCCCAUCAGAUGCCCUGGCAGCUGCCCCUGGAGCAGAGGGAGAGGAAGGAGGCCUUCGUGGAGUUCUCCACGCUGCCUGCAGGUCCUCCAGCACCCCCACAAGAUGUUGCCGUCCAAGCUGGGGCCACCCCAGCCACCGUCCAGGUCUCCUGGAGGCCACCUGCUCUGACGGCCACUGGGCUAUCCAAUGGAGCCAAUGUCACCGGCUAUGGCGUGUAUGCAAAAGGGCAGAGGGUCGCUGAGAUCAUCUCGCCGACAGCAGACGGCACAGCCGUGGAGCUGGUGCGCCUGCGCAGCCUGGAAGCCAAGGGCGUGACCGUGCGGACCCUCUCUGCCCAGGGCGAGUCUGUGGACUCUGCCGUCGCUGCCAUUCCCCCCGACCUCCUGGUGCCUCCAACCCCCCACCCGAGAACUGCUCCCACACCGAAGCCAUUAGCAAGUGCCGGAGCCCCCGAAACCAAAGAUGAGCACGCGGGUCCCCACGCCGCGGUGGACGAGGCCUGGGAACAUGGCCGGGCACCCGCCCCAGCCCACGGGCACCUGCUGGAGCCGCCCGGCCUGCAGGGCUCGGGCCCCGGGCGGCGGUCACCCUCGCCCAGUCGCAUCCUCCCACAGCCGCAGGGCGCCCCGGUCUCCACCUCCGUCGCCAAGGCCAUGGCCCGGGAAGCCGCGCAGAGGGUGGCCGAGAGCAGCAGGUUAGAGAAAAGGAGCGUCUUCCUGGAGAGGAGCGGCGGACAGUAUGCAAACUCGGACGAGGAGGACGGCUAUGAGUCCCCGGACGUCAAGAGGAGGGGCGCAUCUGUGGAUGAGUUCCUGAAAGGCUCGGAGCUGGGCAAACCGCCUCACUGUUGCCAUGGAGACGAAUACCACACGGAGAGCAGCCGGGGGUCUGACCUCUCGGACAUCAUGGAGGAGGACGAGGAGGAGCUGUACUCUGAAAUGCAGCUGGAGGAUGGGGGCAGGAGGCGGCCGAGCGGCACGUCCCACAAUGCCCUCAAGAUUUUAGGAAACCCGGUGACUGCAGGACGGGCUGAUCGGGCAGAUCACGUGGCCCGGAGGUUUUCCCACGGCAGUGCUGGUUCCCACAGGUCCCGGCCAAUGAUGGUCCAUGCUGCGGAUGAGUACGGGCGGGACCAGCUUUCUCCGGACUUCUACGAAGAGUCAGAGACAGACCCUGGGGCGGAAGAGCUCCCAGCCCGCAUCUUUGUGGCCCUUUUUGACUACGACCCCCUUACCAUGUCCCCGAACCCAGACGCUGCAGAAGAGGAGCUUCCCUUUAAAGAAGGGCAGGUCAUCAAGGUGUAUGGUGACAAAGACGCUGAUGGAUUCUACCGCGGGGAAACCUGUGCCCGGCUUGGCCUUAUUCCCUGUAACAUGGUCUCUGAAAUCCAGGCAGAUGAUGAAGAGAUGAUGGACCAGCUUCUCAGACAAGGCUUCCUCCCUCUGAACACACCUGUGGAGAAAAUAGAGAGAAACAGAAGAAGCGGCAGACAGCACUCGGUGUCGACACGAAGGAUGGUGGCCCUGUACGACUAUGACCCGAGGGAGAGCUCGCCCAACAUCGAUGUCGAGGCUGAACUUACAUUUUGCACAGGAGAUAUUAUUACUGUUUUUGGCGAAAUUGAUGAAGAUGGAUUUUAUUAUGGGGAGCUUAACGGGCAGAAAGGGCUUGUACCUUCCAACUUCCUAGAAGAAGUGCCUGAUGAUGUAGAAGUCUACCUUUCCGACGCGCCAUCCCACUACUCGCAGGACAUGCCAACGCGCUCCAAGACGAAAAGGAAGAAGAGUGUUCAUUUCACACCUUAAUCAGGCAAUGUAGCCUUCACGUAAGUGAGCAACUGAAGAUACCUAUAAAGAUACCAGCUUAAGCUACCUUAACUGGACCAAAGCGGUAGACUUAAGGCUUCACUGUGGGGUUAAAAAAAAAAAGAAAUAUGUCUCAAAAACCCAUUGGACCUAAAGUAUUACUUGGUCUCAGUUGUAAAGCAACUGAAUUUGCAGUGAAAUAAAUCAUCUUUAAUAAUUAUUUCCUAUGAUUUACAUUAAGAAUAUUUGAAAGGCCAACAUUGGGAACAUAUUUCUUAACAGGCUAAUUGUUUGUUUACACAGAGUGUUCCAAUGUCUACUCAUAAUUAAAGCUGCAUAUUGCAUUGUUAGCCACUCUUGGAAAAAGCACAACCUAAUAACUGUUUACUAUGGAAAUUUUACUUUAAAAUAAAUGCAACUCGAGAUCGAGCUGAGUAGUGAACAAGAGGUGAUCUAGAGUUGGCACUGAACACUUCCCAUGCUGGCUUGAGCAGCAGACGGCUUUUUCUUAAGUGACCACCCCUCUACCUUACAGGAGAGCUGGUGCUUCUCCUCAAAGCACAAGUGAGUGUCCUGAACACAAAAGCGUUUGGUGGAAGACUGCUCUGUUGGUAUACCAAUGCAAUACUAAGUUUAAUGAAACAUGCAGCUCAAACGAUUGCAUUAGAUGGAAUAGAUGGUAUCUUCAGGUGUACUUUGGGAUGCUUUACUAGGUGUUUUCCAUUAGAAUUAGACCUUGAUUUUAAAUCCAAGUAAGCUUGAAGCCCCUUGGCUCAUAUCAUUUGCCUGUUGAAUAAUGAACACUCACAUUAGAUAGAGGUUUGCUCUGGUGAGGUAAGGAAGUAAGAGGAAUUCAGGCAUGCCCAGGACCAGAAACGUGGGUGAGGCCAGUUGUCAUGCCUCCCAUAUCGUUCUGCUCUUGCAAAGCAGCAUUAAGCACUGACGUGUACAAAGUCCUACCAUGUGCUCUGUAUUGACAAAAAGACAUCUUUAAUAUCUUGGAAAUAACAAAAGCAUACAAUAAGGGCCUUUAAGCUUUCUUUGAUUGUAAUUAAGGUUCAUUUUAGUUUUUUUUUCUUUCAACCGGUGUGCCAUCUCCAGUGUUUCUACAGUAUACUAACUAAUCCAGGAAUGCACUCAACAAUGUCAGGGUUUUAUAUACCCAAGUAGUUUUCAUAUACCACAAAACUUUAAGAACUUUUGUGUUUAAGAUUACUUUUGUGUUUAAGAUGGGUACUUGGCCAAUACUACUCUCAACCUAAUUCAAAAUAACUCUUUUUUUUCCUGCUCUUGGUCUUAGUUUACAAAGUAAAUUAUUACCUAGCUUUGUUUUGCCAAAGCAAUGGCCACCCCCUCCCCGGAGACAAAGAAACUGAAAACCCAACAUUGAUGGCUAGACCCCUGUAAGAGAUAUGCCCUGGGAGAGGUGUGAGCCUCUCAUGGCAUACUUUAACCCUUGAAAGAAGAAAUGAUCCACCCUUACCUUUCCUGGUGGGAAACGGGGCAGUGUGGUGUUUCUGAUGUUACCGAGUGAGCGGAUGGAUGUUGUUGGCGCUCGCGCACUCAAUAAACUGUAACAAUGUACCUACUAGGUUCCUCCUGAGGGUUCAGGUACAGCAAGGAGAGCGCCAUCCCCCACAGUACAUCUCCAUUCGGGGUCACCUACGUCAUCUAUGGGUACUGGUAGUCCUGGGAGAGGCAGGGAAAUGUCCUCGAAAAAGAAAAAGGGGCUGCUUUCCAAAGGCAAGAAACUGCUGAAAAAGCUGGGUGCAGUGAAAUGAUUCAUGUGCUUCCGGACAACUUCCAAAUCUAUGUAAUUUUCUUUAAUUCCAAACUAGGGCUUUCAUGACUCAAGUACUUCCUAAAAAAACAAUCUUCUCCCCUGACACCAGUAGAGAAAUGCUCUUUGCACUACCAUCCACUUUAAGCCCAGCGCCAGGACAAAGAGCUGCUGGUGCUCCCACCCGCCUCCGCCCACCGCUCUUAUUAGUGCCCGGGCUCUGGCGGGAGCUGGGCUGUCUCGUGAACAUGCAGGGAGCCAGUAGCUCUUUGCAGCUCACUCCCUACCUGGGAUGCCAGUCUUUGUGCAUUUGUCAUCUGCCCUUAAAGGAAUGAUUUCAGCCUCCCUCCCUUUUCCAAAUGCUUGCCUCAUAAUGCAUAACUCUCACUUUGACUCUGGUCUUGAAAUUCCUAGUUUAAUCGCCUUGAUGUUCUGCCUUAUAAAUGCACAAUGAUUUGUACUGUCUAAUAAAAACUACGGUGUACACUUGGUAUGUGUCGUGCAUUCAGUGCUCUCAUCCUCACAGACACAGUGGUUGGAAACCAAGCUGUGCAGGCUGCGCAAUUUCAGAUCCUGGCUUUUCAGCUUUUAAAGCAAGCCAGGCAACACCCAGGAAAUAGUCACCUAUCCAAAUCAUUCAAAAGAGAGGAGAGGAGACAGCUUGGUAAAGCACCCCACUUCUCCAACCUGCCAGAAACCUGGUAAUAGUCAUUGCUUUCAGUGUUACAUUUUGUGGCAUAUGGAUUUACGUUACUCUCAUUAUUUGUCAAAAUGCCAUACACAGUCAACAAUGAACAGCACACACGUAAAGCAAUCCACAUAAUGCAUAAGCCACACCAAAAACAUCCUAAAUUUAAGUCUCUUCUAAAUUAUUCCAUACCAAUCUUCACCAUUGGCACUUGAACAAAAAACAGAUUUACAAAGUUGUUGGCAGAUGUAUUUGAUGGCUACUAUUUUGUAAUUCUUGUCCACUUGUAAAUUGUUUUUACUCUUUAUACAUACUUUUCAGACUGCCUUUCUUUUGUAAUUUAUGGAAGGUUUAUAAAUGAAUGACAAAGCUUCCCCCAUUGUGUCUUCAAAAACUAUAUUGUAAAUUGUAAGAUAAUAGUAUGUGGUAGAUUUAUUAAAAGGAAAUUACUCUGUGUGGUUAAGUUCUGCGUGGGUGUGUGCAUGUGUACAGCUAGUGUGAAAUAUUUUAUAGAAAUAAAAUUUGUUAUUUUAUACAAUGCCA